AUGUCUUCCAGCAGCGCGACGCACCGCUUCAAGGAACUCCACGACCUACGCGGCUCCUUCCUCGGCGCCAACAACGCCGGCAUCUACCUAGUCGAAGACGCCAUAACAGGCAAGUUGUGCAUCGAAAAGCGCCUCAAGCUGUUCGACAUCGAAGACGGCUACGCUAAGCGCGAGAUCGAAGUCCUGCACCAACUGCGCUACCACCCCAACAUCAGCCAUCUGGUCGACUUCACCCUCGACGAAGAAGGCUAUAUGGACGGUGGCUGGCCCAGCGCUACUAUCUGGACUGAGUACUGCACUGAAGGCUCGCUCCAAGAUGUAAUUUUUGCCUAUUUCAACGCGCGUGAGAGCAUUCCUGAAGCGUUUCUCUGGCACGUUCUUGCUUCGCUGGCUGAAGCAGUGCGGUAUUGUCAGAGCGGGACCGCGGCCCUUUUGCCGGAUCAAAUGCGUUGGAAUCUUGUGUACCACAGGGAUAUCCAACCCUGCAAUGUGUUCCUGACCUUAGAAGGCUGCACAGAUAUCGAUGGUCCGUACCCGCGCGUCGUCCUCGGGGAUUUCGGCUGCUCCACAACUCUGCAGCACAUAGCCUGCGGGGACUCCCAUCCCUUGCAAACCGAAGCAUCGUCAUUACUCGUCAGUGUUCGCUUCCUCCCGUCAGUCAUGGCGCCAUUCCCACUUCACAAUGCUCUUCAUCAGCACGUCCAAGGUCUGAUUGCGACGCUGGGAUCCUCUUUUGGGGCCCUCGUCCUGACCGACUCCAGCAGCCAGCAAAUUGAAAAUCUCAAACCACAACAGUUCGCAAAACGAGCGAUUCCCUCUGAUCCAGUCUCAAACCCCCAAGAAACCUCCCAAGGAGUGAAGAGGAAAUUCGACGAAGAAGACGAGGAGGAAGAAGAGAAUGACGAGGCUUUCGAAGUCAACCCCAGCUCCGCCUUCGGCAGGUUUCUCAAGGAAAACAAGGGCACCAUAAAUAACGACGCGCCCCUAAGCACCCACCUCGACCUGUUCCUCUCGCACCCAUCGAUAGAUCUCCAAACCUCGCCCUCAGACUUACCCGACUUCCCGGGUCUGCAGCACGCGUUCCAUCUCUGCAAGCUCGCGCUCAGCGAGCCCGGCACGCCCGAAGACGUCGCCUGCACCAUGGACAUGCUCAAGCAGAUUGAUCUGGAGGAGAAUCGGAUGUGUGUGCAGAAGCUGCUGCCGCCGGAGCCGUACCACUCCGGAUAUGUGGAGCGCGAGAUCCGGAUUUUGAAGGGGAUUGAGCAUCCGAAUAUCCUGAAGCUGUACGGCGCUGAUCUUGGACAGCAUAAGCAUGAUAUCCCAUGGACAUGUACUGAGUUUUGCGAGGGCGGGACGCUGAUGCAGGCGAUGAAGCUGUACAUCUCAAUGGACGAGCACUUCCCUGAGGCGUUUCUCUGGCAUCUGUUCGAGAGCUUGGCGGAGGCAGUACGGUAUUGCCAUAACGGGUCGCGGAAGGGUGAAGAGGGGUAUAUAGAGUCUUGGGAUCCUGUAAUCCACCGCGAUAUCAUUCUGACUAACAUUUUCUUGCAUCACUCCGGAGAGACGAACACGUACGCUAUUGUCAAGCUCGGAGACUUCGGCUGCGCCGUUACCCUCGGUGAAGUGCGUGCCAAGAAACUGAUGAAGCAAGAUCUCCCCGCUCAGGACCCUUUGUACGUCCCUCCCGAGGGUCCUGGGGCUGCGCAAUGCUGUGAUAUCUUCCAGAUCGGGCUCGUGAUGAUGUGCUUCUAUACAAGGGUUGAGAAGCCAGAUAAAAGGGCCUCGGUGUUCGAACACGACGAGUGGCGGUAUGGGUACGAUAACUACUCUCAGAAGCUUAGGCGUCUAAUUUCCUCCUGUCUCAUAGAUUACGAACCAGAUCAGCCUAGCGCGGAGGUGCUGUUGGAGAGCAUCCGUACGACCAAGGCGAGCAUGGAGCAAGACGGCGUGUUUCCACUGUUUGAGAAGCUUCUUUCGGAUCUAGAGUAG